CUUGUCUUUAUUGUAAACAAUGAGUCAAUCUAUUACUCUUCCUUCUGCAUGUGAUUUCCAUCUUCAUCUUCGUCAAGGUGAAAUGAUGCGUAUGGUGACUCCUCAAGUAGCUGCUGGUGGUGUCUCUUUGGCUUACAUCAUGCCCAAUUUACAACCUCCUAUUACCAACACAGAUCAAGCAUUGAAAUAUAAACAAGAAUUGGAAGCAUUAGCACCCGAAGUGACAUUUUACAUGACCCUAUAUCUUUCACCUGAAUUGACAGUGGACGAAAUACGCAAGGCCAGCAAGGCAGGUAUUGCUGGAGUCAAAUCAUAUCCUCGUGGAGUAACAACCAAUAGUGAUAAUGGUAUUGAAUCAUAUGAAAUUUAUUAUCCCGUAUUCAAGGCUAUGGAAGAAGAAGGUAUGGUACUCAACUUACAUGGUGAAAUUCCCAGUGAUCAUAACAAGAAUAUUUGUGUGAUGAAUGCCGAAGAAAAAUUCUUGCCUCAAUUGGAAAAGAUCCAUCGAGCCUUUCCCAACCUCAAGAUUGUUUUAGAACAUGCUACCUCUGAAGCCGCUGUACAAAUGGUUCAACGUCUAGGUGAUACGGUUGCUUGUUCCAUCACAGUACAUCAUUUACAACUCAUCGUCGAUGAUUGGGCUGGUCAAGCUCAUCAUUUCUGUAAACCUGUUGCUAAAUAUCCUCAAGAUCGUCAAGCUUUACGUCAAGUUGUCGCCUCUGGUCAUCCUCGAUUCUUCCUUGGAACUGAUUCAGCUCCUCAUCCUAGUCAUGUGAAAGAAACUGCUCACGCUCACGCAGGUGUAUUUACCACUCCUCUCGUUCUUCCCUAUUUGGCCAAGAUCUUUGAAGAUAUAGGCUGUCUUGAUAAACUUGAAAACUUUGCAUGUCAUUAUGGUCGACAAUUCUAUGGAUUAUCACAAAAGGAAGGUUUCCAAAAUCGUAAGGUGACUUUGAUCAAGGAAGAAAAUGUCAUUGUACCAUCCAACUAUCAAGUAUCUUCUGAAAACCCUCAAGCUGGUGCCGUGGUCCCAUUUUUAGCCAACAAGGAUAUUGGAUGGAAAAUCUCCCAAAACUUUUACUAGUCAGUGUAGAAUAGAUAUUACAUUAUUUAGCAUAAUAAACUUUUAUUAGAUAUGAUUGGUAUAUGAUUGGGUUUGUUUUUUUUUUGACAAUGG